UAGUGAAGUAAAAUUAAAAGUUGUCAAAAAUAUAAAUAUUAAAGUAAAGUACAGAUACCCCCCCAAAAUAGUUAAGUAAUACUUUAAGGGCAUUUCUACUUAAGUACUUUACACCACUGCAACUGAUGUGGUUCUUUUACAUGAACGGAGCCAAAUGAUGUUGUUCACAGAAAAGACCCAACAUUUUCAUCAGUAUGCAUGAUCCCAAUUCUAGCUACAAACAGCUGCAAUUUGAAAAAACGAAAACUCUUGUGGGUAGUGCUCAAACGUUUACGUCAUAUCUUUAUGUACCUUCGCUACGAUGUCCUUUUCCCCGACUCCCACCUGUCCAAUAGCCACGUACGAACCAUCGCGAGAUCAGGAUAGUUCGUAUACACAAUAGAAUGUAAGCUUACAUUCUGUCCAUGUAGCGAAAUAGAAUGUAAGCUCGCGAGAUCAGGAUGGUUCGUACGAGGCUACCUGUCCAAUACAAUGUUGAGUGAAAUCUAUGUACAGUACAAUGUAACAUUUGAUGGUGUCACGCUACAAUGUAAAGUUCUACUGUGUUAUGCUAACAUUUGACGGUGUGUGUUGGGAAACAGUGUCACUCUACUACACCCCACAGUUUUGACCAUCUUCCAAGCUCAAUUUAACCCACCGACUUUUCUACAGCGGUCUGGGAUGAUCCAUAUUUUGAAUAGGGGACGGUUAGUUUUGUUGAGAUCAUUGCCAUAAUUAAAUUGAACAGGAGUGGAAUAAAAUACAGAUUCUAUGACAUUAUGUUCAUGGUAUUUUGCAGUAUUAACGAGAGAUAAUUACUAUGCGCUGUGCUAUUCAGCUGACGUUACAUCUUUUUUUAAAUCUCCGCUGCGAAAAUACCUCUCAGAUUAUAGUUUAACCUGCAGAAUUUUAAGCAAAAUGGCGACAGUGUAAUGGAUGGAGGACGAAAAACGUAGUGUCAAGUGUAAUGACAAACGUGCCAAUUGUUAUUGUUUCCUGCAUUGGGAAGGUGGGUUUUCAGAAGACCGUAGGGUGGAACCAAUGGUUUGUAAUAGACUGAACAUACUGGUGAGAUGGCUGAUAUAAAGCCAAAUGCACAAGAGAACAAAGAAGGAGAUGUGGUGGAACCAGUGUGUGACAGCUCCGGUGCCACUCAGGAGCCAUUACAGUGUCACACGUCUUCCCUGAAGAACAAUGCUGCAGGUCUGUCAGAGCAGCUGUCUUCUGACGGACUCCCAAACCCUUUAAAUGGAGCACAGCCCAGUUCAUUUGUACCCAACAGUGUCCCUGCUGUUCCCCACACAGCCAAAGCAGCCCAUUCACUGCCUUCAGGAGCACUUGUUAAUGGACCUGGUUCACACCCUGCCUCAGAGGAGAGCUGUGGCCUGAACAAAAACAGCACAAUGUCCAACAAUGUCCUGAUGGAGGCCCAGGACGCCCAACUACGGCAAACUGGGAGGGACACAAGCCCUCAGGUGUUACCACCACCCAGUGAGCUUCAAUCAGACGCCCUGAAGAACCCAGCAGGGCUCGUUCUGAAAACACUAGUCACCACGCAGCCAGGGGCCAACAACACGUCACCAUCAGACUCUGAGGCUAGUGAGGCUGAACUGUCCUACCAGGCCCCCAACACCACCUUGUCAGGCCACAGUCCACAGUCACACCAAACGCCAAUUAACCAAAUAUGGACGGCCGAGGGAGUCAAGGCUAGAGCUAGAUCUAUAUGGGACUUAAACACCACAGAGUCCUCUGAGUGCUCGUCGGACGGUUCUGAUGGGGCUGAAGCACUAUGCUGGGAUUCACAAAAAGAGCUCAUGCGGGUGUUGUGGAAGAAUCGCACAGUUGACAGCAGCUUAGAGACAAACGCUGCAGGAGCGAUGCCUCAGCUUACCAACCGAAGACAGAGGAAGCGUAAAAUACACCUGGUGGGUACGGCAGGCUCUCCUGAAAAGGUUUACAACUGCAGCUCAAAUCACACCUACAAAAAGUGGCAUAUUGAAGAGGAGGAGGAUGAUGAGGAGGAUUUUGACAUCUCCAACAUAAAUGAAGAUGAUUCCUCUUGUAAAAAGGCUGAUGUACAAUCUUCUGUGAAUUCAUGUCAAGAGCAUCCCAGUGACAGCCCUGUAAUCAUCAAGAAGCUGAUUGUAAGAGCAGAUUGCCACGAGGACAAUCACUCCGACUCCCUCUUUAGUAGAAAGCCCAAACAGCUUAAGACAGAGCAAUCUGAACAAGAGCCAUCGUUCUUCCCUUGCACAAAGUGCAAUGUUAAUUUCAAGGAGAAAAGGCAUUUGCAUAGACAUAUGAUGUAUCAUUUAGAUGGGCAAAAUCAUCAGGUACACCACCACGAGAAAGUUCCCCGGCCUUUUAUAUGCAGGGAGUGUGGGCGUUCGUUCCGCGAUCGCAGCUCCCUCCUCAAGCACAUGAUUAUCCACCAGGAGAGACGGGAGAAACUCAUGGAGGAGAUACAGGGACUCAACAAACUCCAAGACGAAGGCAGGAACGCCAAGCUCCAGUGCCCGCAGUGUGUGUUCGGGACCAAUUGCCCCAAGGCGUUCGUCCAGCACGCCAAGACACAUGGCAAGGAUAAAUGUUAUUACUGCUGCGAGGAGUGCAACCACAUGGCAUUGACGGAACGGGAGCUGGAAGCACACCUGUACACGGUGCACUGUGACACACUGAAGUCCAAAUGCAAGAACAUGAUCAAAGAUGAGGAGUCAGAGUUUCUUACAGAUAACAAUGAUGAAUCAAGUCAUGUUCUGUUUCACUGUAAAGUGUGCCCUUUCAGCACCCAGAAUGAAGAUGUCCUUAAAAGGCAUCGUGAGCUGAUACACCAGCAGUCUGAUUAUGAUGAUGAAUGUGAAAAUCCACCAUUUAAAAAAGCACUUAACUAUCCAGAUCAAUAUAGCUUCACUGACCCGUCCAAAAAAGCAGCAGAUUUAAAACUACUGCAGCUAAAGCCAAAGUUCUGUAUUAAAAAGCCUGCUUUCUGGAAAAGAGCGGAUUUCCGCUUUUGGUCCGGUAAUGUAGCUGACUUUUACAUGAGAGAUACAGCAGACACACUGACGUCUUACAAAGGUCUUACCUCCUCUCAGUUCAAGUGCCGCAUUGUCAGCUCAGCAAACAAGCUGUCACCAUCCCUGUGGAGGAGUGACAAGCCAAGCAAAUUAUCUCCUAAACCAACAGAGAAAAUAGACGUGACAACAGGUCUCCCUUAUGUUGAGGAAGACAAUCAACUAUACGACCAUGUGGUUUCAGGAAUCUCCGAAAGGACAAAAUAUCCCUCAAAUGUUGAUGUGUUGCUUACAUCCAAGACGGUUAAACCAGGCCAGAUGCUGUAUUAUAGCUACGACUCUGACAACAGUCAGGGAGGUAGCAACGACUUGACCGGCAGGAAGUCAGAGGCACAAACCGUUACCCAAAAGACUCCAUCCAAAAGAAAAAUGUCCACUCCCUUCCGCAACAGUGUGGACAAGGUGGUUGAUCAUGUUUUGCCAAAACUGAACCCAAAGUUAAAGGAGUCUAGCACUCCUGAGGACACAGAGGGAGACGAUGAUUAUGAGGACACGUAUGACUUUAGUGCUUACACCAGCGAGGCUACAGCCAACUUCCUGGAUAGUAGUGAGAACGAGAGGAACCCCUACGCCCGUAGCUACUUCAUACGCAGACAGAGGGGUUCUUCUAUCAAAGAAGAUCCUGCUGCUGGUGUCGGCCAUUUUGAAAAGAACGCCAUUCAGGCUGGCCACCAUUUUAAUAAGACUGAAGACAAGGACGGGGAGUAUGACAGCGAUGACAUACAGAAGCUUAUCAUCAAAGAGGAGUGUAUAGAAAGCUCAGUGUGUGACGAUUCUCCAGAGUCACCCACCACCACCAGCACACACAACCAGAGUCUCUCCUAUGACUAUGAUGUCUCCCCUUCUUUUGGGACAGAAAGGAAGUCCUGCCCCUACUGUCCUGCUAUGUUUGAGUCUGGGGUGAGCUUAUCCAAUCACGUGCGAGGGCACCUGUACAGGGUGGGGCUGAGUUAUGACGCUCGCCACGUGGUGUCACCAGAGCGGGUAGCCUCACAGGACCGACAGCCACGCAUACGCAGGAAGGUACCCUCUGUGGUGCGGAGGAUCAAAAAAGCUGAGAAUCCAGAGUCUCAGGCGGAGCACACCUGUCCCCUGUGCUGGGGCUGGUUCGACACCAAGACGGGGCUCUCCAACCACGUGAGGGGCCACCUGAAGCGAUUAGGGAAGACCAGCACCAGCACCAGUAAGAGUCCAGUGUGUAUCCUCAAUGAGCUGCUACAGGACGAGCGGGAACACCAGAACAUCCUCCAGACCCUCAACAAGAAGCAGUUCCUCUCUCGACCAAUCAUCUCCCAGAAGUUCAUUGGCAGCGACGGGCUCUUCCUAACACCCACAGGGAUCCCAGUGAAGAUCCAACAUGGCUGCCAGCUGGGCCAGAAUGGCAUUCCCACUCCAUGGGGGCCCAGUGCAACUACACCCAGGCAGGAGGGAGUUGAGAGAGAGGAGUUCUUUCCUGAGAGGAAGAGCAUAGUGAUACGAGGUAUCAGUGAACCUUCUCGGAGCACUUUAGGUGAGCUGCUGAGGAAGAGGAAGUUGGACAAGGAUGAUGCAGAUAGGAAGCACUUUACUGUGACCAAAGAGAGGGUUGAGGAGAGACAGAACCAACAGGCCAGCAACCUGGAAACACACUGGGCCCAUGAGAGAAAUGAAUCUAAUAAGAAGAUUUGCAUUCACUGUAACACAACAUUUCCCAGUGCUGUUAGCCUGUCCAAUCAUCUUCGCGCUUACGCACGCAGGAAGAGGGUUGCCAUGUUAGAAGGAACAACCUAUUCCUGUAUACUGAAGAAGCCUAGGUUGAGGGCUGGACCAAAGAACACACUGUUCUCAGCUCUCCCAUGUGCUGUUGAGGAGAUGUACAGACUCACCUGCAGAUUCUGUGACCUUGUCUUCCAGGGUCCUCUGUCCAUCCAGGAGGAUUGGCUCAGGCACUUACAAAGGCACCUCAUGCACACCAGUGUCCCUCGCACAGGAGCUGGCAUGGUGGAGGUCCUGGGACUACACAAAGAGACGCCCUCCUUGCCCCCCCAGCAGCACCCCUGUCGGGAGCACCCAACGUCCAAUGAGCACCCCACGCCCCAGAAGCAACAUGAGCACCCCUGCUUGGAACACCCCUCUCCUCAUGAUCACCCCUUGCCCCAGCAGGAGCCCCCCUUGCCCCAUGGGCCCACCUUGCCCAAUGAGCAACCCAAAACCCACAAGCACCUUGAGCUCCAUGAUGAGCAUCCCUUGCACCAUGCACACCCCUCGUCCAAUGAGCACCCAAGCCUGGAGCAGCACACGGCCACGCCCUUUCCAGAGCUUCUUCCAGUGGCAUCCUGAGCUAGAGAGUUGUUUACACUUUUUCACUGUAUCCCUUUAGAUCUUUAUCCUGCACAUGUAAAUAUGGUUAGAUACAUAUAAAUAUAGAUAGAUAUAAAGAUAGAUAGAUAGAUAGAUAGAUACAAAUAUUAUAAAGCUAUAUAUGUUUUUCUUAAUACGCACAAACUAGCCCUUCCCUCUAUUUUAUAUGACAUUUCUCUAUACUGUAGUGUAGAUGAUGGAUCUUGUUACUUAUAUGUACAGAAACAAAUAAUUGUACUUUGCCAACAAUUGCUGAAGCUAGAACGGUGGUUAGUUCAGAACCUUGUAUCUCAACUUUUCUAAACUAAUAUUUGCAGUCUGUAACCUCUUCUACUCUACUAUGGUUAGGUGAAGUUUUACCUGCAGAUAAUCUUGCCAUCUUGCAACAAUGUGUCUUCUUGCUUCCUUCUUUGCACUGUUUAGCAGUCAGUCAGAACUUUGAACCCAUUACCAAAUGAGACAACUGACACCUCAGCAUUUUGUAAAUGAUAAAUGCUUUGUCCAUUACUUUAACUGUAGCCUAUAGGAGCCAUAAUCAGAAUACAGGGUCAAUCAUUCAUAUCACAAAUUAGAACUGCCAAUACUGUAUGAAUGGACACAAUAUCUGCUUCCUCCCUAACUUUCAUGUUAACUAUUUCCUAUUUGUCUUGUUCUGACGUAAUUGUAAUUGCGAUAUGUUCUCAUUGUAUGUUAAUCAAGCAAAGAAAACAUGUUUUCUUGUGAUUUAUCUCUAAGACCAAUAUUAUAGUUUAUUUACUGAAAUAUUCAACAAGUUUGAACGUUGGGUCACUGGAUUCUUGUAGAGUGUAAGCUGAGUAGCUCAUCAAUAUCAUGCAAUAUACACAUUUAUCUCAAAAGUGGUUUAUGGAGGAGGAGUUGCUUCAAUCCACUGCUUUGUUUGUUGGUUUGGCUAUCAACCUUUGCCAAUUUGCUAACCUUGCCAAAUAAACAUGCAGAAGCAGUGGAUUGAAGCUAGUUUCUUUCCAUAACAUUUAGAGGUAAGACAAAAUAUGAAGAAAGGCUGAGAUAGUGGUGAAUUAUUGCUUUAAGGCAUUUAUUAGUCCUAGUUAAUGAAGCACAUUGUUUUGUACUGUUCUUUGAUGAUUCAACACCGCCAAGCACUAUUUCUAAUAUUAUUAUGGAUAACUUACCUAUCCCUUCUGAAAUUGAUUUUACAGUCCAAUGAAAGGACUAGGAACCUUUUAAUCCAAAUCAAGUUAGAAUGUAAAUCACAUUUCCAUGGUGCUGAAACUUCCAGUUAGAUAUUGUAUUAUGCUAAGUAAAAUACACAUGUUUUAUUCAUCUAGACAACACUAGAGGAUGUCUGAGAGAUGUGAAUGUACUGUAAUAAUGUCUGGUUGGUUUAACAUCCAUACUUCAUUUUGGAUGAUUUAAAAGGAAGAAGGCUAUAUAUACCAUGUAUCCGUUCAGCUUUCUGUAGUAAAUAUAGCAAGAACUAGCUGAAAUAAAAUAGUUAAAUUGGCCUUUUUAAAAUGUACUAUUUACAAUUAUUCAUGCUUUUUACUUUUUACAAUGAUUAGUUUCUCAACCCCUAACAAAUCCUGCUAACUCGGUCUAUAAUGUUGUGGCUGUACAAAAUAAAUAUACACUGAUUUUA